AUGACCAAUAGCAAUACUCGUCGACGUAAAUGCAUCCCACUUGUACCCAUAUCCCCACUUGUCAAGGCAUCCAUUCAAGCCAAGCAAGCCUAUUCAGAAGCCACUGAAAAGCUAUCACAGGCAAAGCAACAAAAACAACAUGUGGAUAGUUUACGACGACUUGCAGAAGAUACAAAGUUGGAACGUCGACGUAUGGAAACCUUGGAACACGACAUGGAGAGUGUGGCAUUUGCAACGGCGUUGAAUUGGGAUCCCAAUGUGCUCGCUAAGCAGGUGGCUGCAGUGAAUUGCCAACUAUUCCAACGAGCAAUACUUGAUAAACGGUGGCUUUGUCAUUUGGAUAAAAGCAGGACACGUCUUGAUGGAUUGGAUGACUUUGGCCGAUAUCUCACUCAUAACCUUGCACACCAACUUAUCGUUGGGUCGGAGCUGACGCCGGCGUCUUCCGUUGUGCCACCUUUUGUCAACCAACACCAUCAGCUUAUCACUCAUUGGGUUCAAGUGGCUUACUUGCUGGUUCAUGCCUAUCGCGACUUUUCAGGUUUUGCUGCUAUCAUGAAGGCAUUGGCAUUUCCAGAAGUACGUCGACUACGCAAGUUAUGGCGAGGUUGCCCUGCAAGAACAAGAGACAUGUACAACGACUUGCUUCAUCUCGUUUCACCUAGCAACGGUUACCAAGCUUAUCACACAUGGCUCAAAAACACCCUUGAUCUCUUUCAACAAUCCUCAUCAGCUACUUUGGUGAUUCCUUGGCUUUUGCCCCAUUUUGCAUCCAUCCGAUCCAUCAUCAAAGAGUAUGCAGCAGUAACAUCGGCAGUAUUAUCGGCUCCUGGUGCACGUAAACUUGCCAAAGUGGUGGAUUGUUUGAAUACAUGCCAACAAGGUGGUUUGGUGAUGGGAACAACGACAACAGAAACCGGUAGGCAUGUGUCACUUAAACCAGUGCAUGUUGAAGGGCUCCGAUCCACCAUUGUCCCACCUACCGAUCUCAAUCGCCUUGUGCCCGGUGACCUGGUCGUGUAUCACUGGCUCGUUUCUCGUGCGUAUCUUGAUAAACAGCAACUUGUGCAAGAGUCUCUUGAAGUCAAGCCAUUAGCAAAGGAUGAACUACCAUUGGCCUAUGAUGAAGAAGAGGAGGAGGAUGAAGAUUUCAUGUUUGAACAAGAAUUCCAUAUCGAGAUUGAAUCAACAACAACACCACAACCACCAAGUGCCAGCAACUCGGAUGAAGAUACAAAAGACAUCACUCCAGAGAAGCAACAACAACUCAAAGCAAAUGAUCCACCUGAGACAAAAGCAACAUCCACUACUACCGCCACCACUACUACCAACGAUUCAUCAUCCUCGACACAAUCAGCCACAUCCACUGCUAUCAAAAAAUCACGUCUUUCUCCUACUGCUCCAGAGUUUGUACCAUCCAACAAGACACUCGUAUCAUCCUCCACUGCAGCUAUUGCAACGCCAACUACUUCAUCCGAAGAAGAUCCCGAAGAACAAUGGCAUGGAUACAUGUAUUAUGAGCGUAAAGGAGAAACCAAGACAACGAUAUCGGAUGAUGAUGAAGAUGAAAUUUGGAAUGGAUACCCCAGCCCAUCGACGCAAUCAGAAGAGAGCUCUGAGGAAGAAGAGGAAUGGAAGGGAUAUACGGCCUACAAGAUGGAGCAGGAUUGGAAGCAAGAAAUUAAUCACAAGCACCAUGAUGGAUGGCAAGUUUGA